CGUCCCUCUGUGCGUUUGUUUAUAUAUAUAUAAAUAAAUGUUGUGGGAAUAACUCUCCACGGAGGCCUUUGUGGUUCUCCACGCAGGAAACAAACAUUGCAAUGAGGGAAAACCUUAAACUCCACCUGGCUAUCGCCGUUUCACCGGAAGCGAAAAGGAAACAAAACGAGAAAACUCUGGGAAUCCCGGCGGGAUGAAGUCCCCUUACGUACAGGUGUAACAUGAGGCAAGCGGAUAAAUGGUGAUGGAGAAACGAGCGGUGAAUAUGAAACCAACGCAGCUGUUGCCGUGCGACACCCAGCCGACUACACGUUCAGGACCAUGGCCACCUUCCAGCUGCUCUUCCUGCUGUGGGCCAGCUGUGCGGCGGCAUCCGCACAUCCUUCCCGACGCCUCGCUCCAUGCCAAGUUGUCCAGAUGGAUGUGUUCUGCAGCGAUCUGAGUCUUAGUGGCGCGCCGCUCAACCUUCCUCAGGGAGUCCAAAUGCUGGACCUUUCUCGAAACCAGGUUCAAAACCUCACCCUGGAAACUUUAGGCUUUCACGUCGGCUUCCACCAACUGAAUCUUCAUUCCAACAAGAUUCACUUCAUCCAGCCGGGACUCUUCAAAGAGAUGAAGGACCUGAGAGUCCUGGAUCUCUCCAGGAAUCACCUCAACGUUUUUGCACUCUACAAAGUGAACAUCGGACCUCUCACAGCUCUGGAGUCGUUAGACCUUUCCAGCAAUGGUUUGUUCACGGGCAUGUCGGACUAUUUCCUGGCUGAAUCUCCGUCUCUGGUGAACCUUUCUCUGGACAGCAACAGCAUCACAAAAAUAGCACAGAACACCUUCAGUGGAUUGUCGUCUUUGAGGAAAAUCAGCCUCCACAAUAACGUCAUCCUGGAGAUAGAAGAUGGGGCUUUUGACUCCUUGGAUCAUCUGGCUGAGCUCGAUUUAUCCAAGAAUUCAAUCACCUGCAUCAUAGACUUCAAUCUUUACAACUUGUCUGUUCUCAAUCUCAGCAAGAACAGCGUCGAGUUUUUCCAAAGCGCAAAGUCAGAUCGUCCCUUUAAGCUUCGUUCUCUGGAUCUGAGCGAAAACAAAAUGAUUUACUUCCCUCUCCUCCCGGAAAACAAUGUGCUUGAAUUUCUGAACGUUUCGCGGAACCAUAUUCAGACACUCAACAGCACAGGGAGUCUGCUGAACCACACAACUAUGAAUUUUGAUCGUUUAAAAUACCUGGACAUGAGUUACAACAAACUCAAAAGCCUACCAGAGACUUUCUUUGCCAAUAUGGGAUCCCUCGAAGUCCUCAAUGCGAGUCACAACUGCAUCAGCUCGUUUUCUGUCACCUCUAAAGACCUUCUGCACAGGGUGAAGAUUAUCAAUCUGAGCCAUAAUUCUCUACAGAGUUUGACAUUUGAGGAAAAUUCGCUUCGCUCCCUGAGAAAACUCUUCCUGCAGGGAAAUGAGCUCACAGUCCUUGACCAGCACACCUUUCAAAGACUGCCGAGCAUCAAGUACCUGCAGCUCCAGCAGAACAAUCUGCAAAUCUGUGGCGCUGAGCAAAACCAGCAUAAGCCAACACCGACGAACCAAAACCACCAGGAUCCAACUGGUUGUGUGUCCUUCUCAUCUGUUUGCAACCUGCACUUCCUCUAUCUCUCUGAAAACAAUCUGAGGACCCUCCCUGGAAAGGCGUUUGUGAACACCCCUCUGAGGUUACUCGACCUGUCCCUAAACCCAGGCUUAGACAUGCAAAGGGACGCCCUGUUUGGUCUGGAGCAUUCGUUGGUCCACCUGCUCCUGAGAGAAAACAACAUGUCAAGCCUGAACACAGACCUGAGCUCCCUGAAGAGCCUCAAACACGUUGACCUGUCCACCAACCAGCUCAACACCCUGCCCACCUGGAACGCAGAGUCCGCCAUCGAGUCCUUGAACCUGCAGAACAACAACUUGGUCACCCUGGACCAGUCCACCAUCCUCGCCUUGGAGCGCUCGUUAAAGACCCUCUACAUGGGCUCCAACCCUCUGAGCUGCUGCGACAACCUGGGCUUCCUCCACAUGGUGCAGCACUCCGCCAUCGUCGUCCCGGACAUUGAGACCGUGACUUGCGUCCACGAGGACUCCUCAGAGCCGGUGAACAUUGAGAAGGUGACCCGGGAGAUGUGUCAUCAGUCCGAGCCUCCAAACUACACGGCAGUUGUCGUGGUGACGUUGUUAGUUGUGUUAAUCCUGCUGGGGCUGCUGGUUAAGUGUUUCAGAUCAAGGAGACGGAAGCGCAACAGAGGCUUUCACGCCUAGCGAGAACGAUCAAAUUCAGAGAAAGUUAAAAUGUGAACGCGCCUCCUGGUGCCUCUCUUCUAUACAGACUAUUCAAAGUUUGGAUUGUGACUACAAAAAGCCAUCACCGAUUGACCAAUACCGCUGUGAAUCGAGCACGUGUCUAUAUUUCUCUCACGGGAAGGUCCUGCUUGUGAGUAAAGCCGAGAAAACAUAAAGACUGGCUACCGAAGGCCGCAGUUCAUGUUAAAUGUUCUUACGGCACAAGGUUGGACUUUUUGACAGGAUUUUAUGUCAGUUUCAUGCAGCACCUGAAAGCUUUUUUUAAGGAACUCUAGGUUUCAAUCCUCCUGCGCCCACUUCUUCAGGACUUUUCAACAGAGGCCAGAAGAAUCGGAUAGAAAACAGAAGCUCUCACCAGCACCAGUCCAGAACUUUAAGGCCAGGAUUUGGAUGCGUGUUGCAUGAAUGAAGCAAAGUCGUCCAUUAUUAAAUGCUUGUUUUCAGUGCUGUGUUUGCAUACCUGACACCUAUUUAUUGAAUGUAGAGUAAAAUGAAGAAUCAACACUAAAACACUUUGAGCAGACAGUAGCAUCAGCAGAACGGACUGAAGUACUUUUCCACUGUUACAACUCAUAUUUUCAGAAAUCAGCUCCUUGGGUUUUGGAUGUAAGUUGAUACCAGUCUCUUAUCUGUGUGUGAAUUGUACUGCAAACCUAAAACUGAAAUUAUACACAGUCUAAACUGUAGCUUUAAUAUGGGGUAAGAUAACUGUCAAUAUAAACGUUUGCUUAAGCGC